GUGGCACUCUGCAUUGCCAACAACCAACACACCAGGCGAACUCUACCCCUACACACAGAUAGGAAACCCACAAAGAUAAUCUUAUCUGCUUCCCAGCAGCAUCUCAAAGGUCCAUAAUAUGUGCACAUUAUUGCAUGAGGCUGUCCGUAAACCCGCUUAUUGUGGCAUGAGAAGAGCAUCAGAAUGAGUCAACAGGGUUAUGUCGCUGCACCCCCCUACUCCCAGGCCCAGCCGGGGAUGGGGGGCUACCAAGGUGGAUUCAGGCCCGGUCCUGCGCAACCCAAUUAUGGACACUAUGGAGGAGGAGCACCGCAAACAUUCCAAGGACCUCAGACAGGUGGGAUGAAAUCGCCGCCUCCAGUGUCCACUCCUUACAGUCCAAAUAACCAGCAGAAUGGGGCUCACCCCCAAAGGUACCCUGGUGCUUACGGACAACCGCUGCAGUCCCCAGCAUACGACAGCAGGGCCACUUCUGCCCCGCCUCCAGCCAUGCAGCUGACCAAUCAGAUGAGUGCAAUGAACAUGGGAAACUAUGCUUCGGCACCAGUGCACCAGAACUCCCCCCCAUCUGCGACAAGCCUCCAGCAACCUUUCGGUGCACCCCCUCUGUCUCAGAUGCCCUCGGGACCGCAGUCGCCCCACAUGCAGCCCCAGUCGAGCAUGCCCAUGAGCGGUCCUCCAAUGGGUCAUCCCUUCCCUGGAGCACCACCUCCUCAUCCUGGUGGUUCUGGAGGCUUUCAGCAGCCUGGUCCUGGGCCUGCGGCUCCACCUGGAUACCCACAGCAAGCAGCUCCAUUUGGAGGCCACAUGGCGGGACCCCAGCCAGGACUUAUGGGCUUCCCUGCUGGUCCGCCUCAAAAGAAACUGGACCUGGACUCUAUUCCCAGCACAAUUCAAGUCAUUGAUGAUGACCAAGCCAAAUAUGGAGGACAAGUCUUUAGCACAAACACCAGAGGACAAGUUCCACCUCUGGUCACCACCAACUUUACAGUGCAAGACCAAGGCAAUGCCAGUCCCAGGUUUAUGCGCUGCACCACUUACUGCUUGCCGUGCACUUCAGAUCUAGCCAAACAGUGCCAGGUCCCCUUGGCGUGCAUUGUCAAACCGUUUGCCAGCUUGCCAAAGGACGAGACGCCGCUGUACCUCGUCAACCACGGCGAAAGUGGUCCCAUCCGCUGCAACCGAUGCAAGGCCUACAUGUGUCCCUAUAUGCAGUUCAUUGAUGGCGGCCGCCGCUAUCAGUGCUGCUUUUGCAACUGCAUCAAUGAAGUGCCAGUCUUCUACUUCCAACAUCUUGACCACAUGGGCCGCAGGGUGGACUUCUAUGACAAGGCAGAGCUGUCGCUUGGAUCCUAUGAGAUGUUGGCUACCCUGGACUACUGCAAGAACAAUAAGCUACCUAAUCCACCAGCCUACGUCUUCAUGAUCGACGUGUCCUACAACAACGUUAAAAGCGGGUUGGUCAGACUAAUUUGUAACGAGCUGAAGACUCUGCUGGACACGCUGCCAAGUGAGGAGGGCGCUGAUAGCUCGCCCGUGAAGGUGGGCUUCAUCACCUACAACAAGACACUCCACUUCUACAAUGUUAAGAGCUCCCUGUCGCAGCCACAGAUGUUGGUUGUGUCCGACAUGACUGAGAUGUAUGUACCACUCUCUGACGGCUUCUUAGUCAACUUCCAGGAAUCCAGGGCGAUCAUCCACAACCUCCUGACCCAAAUCCCUGACAUGUUUGCUGACACCAAUGACAGUGAAACAGUCUUUGCGCCUGUCAUUCAGGCUGGGGUGGAGGCGUUCAAGGAAGCAGAGUGCAGUGGAAAACUCUUCAUCUUCCACUCCGCCAUGCCCACUGCCGAGGCUCCGGGCAAGCUCAAGAACAGGGAUGACAAAAAGUUGAUAAACACAGAGAAAGAAAAGACGCUCUUCCAGCCGCUAAAGGGGACAUACGAGCAGUUGUCCAAAGACUGCGUGGCCCAAGGCUGCUGCGUGGAUCUCUUCCUCUUCCCCAACCAGUACGUGGAUGUGGCCACCAUGGCGGACGUUCCGUCGCAUACGGGCGGCUCCAUAUUUAAGUACAACAACUUCCAGGUGGAGACGGACGGGGAGCACUUCUUGCAAGAUCUGAGGAAGGAAGUGCGGAAGGACAUCGGUUUUGAUGCAAUCAUGCGCGUUCGCACGAGCACAGGCUUCAGAGCCACUGACUUCUUCGGCGCCAUCCACAUGAAGAACACCACAGACGUAGAGAUGGCAGCGGUGGACUGUGACAAGGCAGUGGCAGUAGAGUUCAAGCAUGACGAUGCGCUCAACGAGGAGACGGGUGCUCUAAUACAGUGUGCCUUGCUCUAUACCACUAUCAGCGGACAGCGCCGCCUCCGCAUCCUCAAUCUCAGCCUAAGAUGCAGCUCAAACUUGUCCGAGCUCUACAAGAGCAGCGAGACAGACUCGCUCAUCAACUUCUUCGCCAAAUCGUCUUACCGGGCCAUCCUGAACCAGCCACUAAAGAACAUCCGGGAGAUUCUGGUCAACCAGACGGCCCACAUGCUAGCCUGCUACAGGAAAAACUGUGCCAGCACUUCGGUCGCCAGCCAGCUGAUCAUGCCAGAUGCCAUGAAGGUGUUUCCGGUCUACAUGAACAGCCUGAUGAAAACGGCUCCCUUGACCGCCAGUACGGAACUGUCGACAGAUGAUCGGGCCCAUCAGAGGCUGUCUGUCAUGGCCAUGGGAGUGGAGGACACUCAGCUGCUGCUCUACCCGCGCCUCAUUCCGCUGCACGACAUGGAUGUCACCAAUGAGGCUCUACCCGCUCCACUGCGCUGCACGGAAGAGCGUCUAGCAGACUCUGGCGUCUUCCUUUUAGAAAACGGCCACUCUAUGUUCCUGUGGCUGGGCCAGUCAAGUCCCCCUGAAGUUAUUCAGGGACUUUUUAACGUACCAUCGCUCGCCCACCUGCAAGGCAACAUGUGUGUUCUUCCUGAUCUGGACAGCCCACUGUCAAAGAAGGUCCGGUCCAUCAUGAGGGACCAUCUUGAAAAGAGGCCCAAAUCCAUGAAGCUUCAGAUCGUAAGGCAGAAGGACAAACCUGAGAUAAUGUUCCGCCAGUUUCUUGUGGAGGACAAAGGCCUUCAUGGCGGAGCCUCCUACAUGGAUUUCCUUUGCCACCUUCACCGGGAGAUCAAACAUUUAAACAUUUAAAACAUUUGUGUCUCCCAGAGUGCUUAAAACGGACCCUAAUAAUCUUGCAAAAGAAGAAAAUUGCAUUACUGGAACAUUCCAAACUCAGAUCGUGGAAAAAGUAAGUGCCAAAGCUGCCUUUUUUUUUUAACCACAGUCCCACGUUUUUUUUUUUUUAGUUAUUCUACUUUUAUUCAAAAAAUAAUAGAAUACAAAUGUGAAUGUGCCUUGUUUUUAAUGACAUUCUGAAACAAGAACAAAUUACACUUAUAAAAAAAACAUGCUACGUUUAAGGAAUACAAUACCUUUUUGUACAAGAUACAAUGCCAGCUGCCUUUUUAGUUGAAAGCUUAUAAUUUGAUUUGUAUUAAAACAUAACCUCAGGUCAUUCGAGUACAUU